AUCUGUACGUACAUUAGUGUAUAUACGAAGUAUAUAUAUACACACUCCAAUAUACAGAAACAGGCUCUGCCACUAACAAAACGCUUUGUGCUCUGUUUCUGUAAAAAGCUGAGUUUAGAGAGAGCUUAGAGAGAGAGAGGGGAAAUGGAGGGGAAAGAGGAGGAUGUGAAGCUAGGAGCGAACAAGUUCUCAGAGAGGAUGCCGCUGGGAACCUCGGCGCAGGGUAAGGACUACAAGGAGGCGCCGCCGGCGCCGCUGUUCGAGCCGGGGGAGCUCCACUCCUGGUCGUUCUGGAGGGCCGGAAUUGCAGAGUUCAUCGCCACCUUCCUGUUCCUCUACAUCACCGUCCUGACUGUCAUGGGGUACUCCAGAUCUAGCAGCAAGUGCAACAGCGUCGGCGUUCAGGGAAUUGCUUGGGCCUUCGGUGGUAUGAUCUUUGCCCUCGUUUACUGCACCGCUGGAAUCUCAGGUGACACAUAAACCCAGCAGUGACAUUUGGGUUGUUUCUGGCAAGAAAACUGUCUUUGACAAGGGCAGUAUUCUACAUUGUGAUGCAAUGCCUUGGAGCAAUAUGUGGAGCAGGAGUUGUGAAGGGGUUCCAGCCAUCACUCUUUGAAGUAAAGGGUGGAGGCGCGAAUGUAGUGGCCCAUGGUUACAGCAAGGGGGAUGGCCUUGGUGCCGAAAUAGUCGGCACCUUCGUCCUCGUAUACACCGUCUUCUCUGCCACAGAUGCCAAGAGAAAUGCCCGUGACUCUCACGUCCCUAUAUUGGCUCCUCUUCCAAUUGGAUUCGCAGUUUUCUUGGUUCACUUGGCCACCAUCCCCAUCACUGGAACUGGCAUCAAUCCUGCCCGCAGUCUUGGUGCUGCCAUUAUCUACAACAAGGAUCAUGCUUGGGAUGACCAUUGGAUAUUCUGGGUCGGACCUUUCAUCGGAGCUGCUCUUGCCGCACUGUACCACCAAGUUGUGAUCAGAGCCAUCCCAUUCAAGAGUGGAAGCUAAAGACUCUUCUUCCCCUAUCGUCAUUGUGAUCAGAGCCAUCCCAAUUAAUUUCUGUGCUGUUGAAACUAUCCUUGUGUGCGGAUAUUGUUAAUUAAUUAAUUGAUUCAAAGAUGCGCAUUGUGUGAAAACAAAAUUGCUCUGUAAUUAUUGGUACCAUGAGUAACUUUAUUGAUUUUGUGAUUGGCUUAUAUCUGUAUUAGGUUGUUAAUACUCGUACCCAUCUUGGUAAGCUGAAGGUUAUUUUUCUUGAGUACUUGAAUAUGUGAUUUGUAAUGGAAAAAUUCUUGAAAUAAGAGUACUAUUCAAUAAGAUUAAUGAAUAUGUUAAUACUCUAAUAUUAUUUUUAUUCUGUAGAAAUUGUCCAAUAUAGGAAUAAACAUAAACAUAAUUGCAAAAGAGUAAAACUACAAACUUCCCUCUCUCUGCCCUUAAAAACUUCCCUAAAUAAAUUUCCAUUUCGCUUUUCGAGGGUCAAGUUAAAUUCUUACUUUAUAUAUCAAAAUUUUAUAAAAAAGUGAAUUUUUUUUGCAGGCUUUGUAGCGGGUUUGAUGUAAUUUCUGAAUAUGUAAAUUUUAUUUUCUAAAAAUAAUCCGAGUUUUCACAGGGAUCAUUUAACUUUAUCGCUAGUCAAACUUCGUAACCCGCAAUUGGAAGUUUAAUAUGGGACGAAGGUAGUAUCUUAUGUAAAGUCAUCAUUUUAUUUGAAUAUGUCAUAAAAAUGGCAUUUUUAGGGUUUACUUUUCGAAAACGUCAAAUUUUCUCUAAAACUAUCAUCAAGAUGACAUUUUUGACAAAUGUUGACAUUUUUUCAGUGAUCGGAGCUAGUGGUGCUGGAAGAUUGUUGAGGCGGCGGCCUACAUAUUUUUAUUAUAUGUAUUUUUUAAUUUUUUAGUUUUUAUUUAAUAUUUUUUAUUUAAUACUAGUAGUUUUUUAUUUUUAUUAAAUUUAUAUAAUACGGAGUAUAUUUUAUUUAAUAUGUAUUUUCAUGAUUUUUUAUUUCUUUACAAUUUUAUUAUAAAUUAAUUAAUGUUAUUUCUUUUAUCUUUUAAUUAUUAAUGAAAGUGGUUGUGGCUUGGGUAGGGGUG